AUGAGACUUCUAGUGCUCUCGAGCCUGCUCUGCAUCUUGCUUCUCUGCCUCUCCAUCUUCUCCGCCGAAGGACACAGGGUGAAGAUGUGCAAACCUUGCAAGUCAAAGUCAAGCUCUCCUUUUUGGGUGGUGCCCGGGGCACUCCCACAAGUAUAA